AUGCCUGUUCGCCCGUCCACCGCUAAGGACAGCCCUAACGCCGCACUGCGCGAUGUCCUCCUAAAGUUUUUCGCCGAUGGACCGCACCUCGCCGCGCUGCGCUACCGCAUCUGCACCAAUGCCAUCAAAAUACCGCUGCAAGCCAUCGUGCGGGGCGGCCCGCUGCAGGCUCCGCCAUCUCUCCCCAAGGAAGCCGACCUGCACGCCAUCGUCAGCGCCCAGGUCCACGACCACCUCUUUGUCCAAACCCUUGUUGACCAGCUCCCCUGGGAUGAUAGCAAACGUGCGGCAGAGUUUGUCACACUGCUGUGCUCAGACCUCGAGGAUUUAGAUUCCCGCGUCCGUGCCGCCGCCUUCAACAGCAGAAAGCUCGGCGGCAUGCCCUCUAUGACACAAGUCCGCAGGGAGCCCUCCGCCGACCUGUCGGCAGCCCUCAGCAAGGCCAUUGCCGUACAGCGGGCGGGCGACGCCGGCCGCGCCGUCUCCGGGGGUCUCACCGUGCCGUCGUCCUCCACAUGCCUGGUGGUGCUGCUGGUGGACACUGCAGCACUCCGCUCCGCAGAGCUCCGACCCUGGAGUGCCCCCACCGGCUCAACUUCGAUUGUAACGCAUACAUCAUCAUCAGCAGCAACAGCAGGAACAGGAGCAGGAGCAGGGACCCCGCCCGCGGCCUCUGCCACUAUGUUGAGUUCAAAUUACUCUGCGCCAGCCUACUCCAAACUCCUUAAACGCUCGAGGGGGCCAAAGACAAAAAAGGACGACGCAAUAGGGAACAGCACACCGGCAGAUAUGAUGCAGAGCAGCAACCGGCCGAUGGCGAUGUACUGCAAAAAAGGAAUGCACUCCGACAUCGCCGGUGCGCGCAGGCUGAAAGGGCAUAGGCUCCGUUUCUCGUUGGGAUGCCACGAUGAUUACAAAGAGGGCCGAGCGACUUAAGCCAGCUAACAACCUACAAGAUGUAACAAUGAUGACAUAACAAACUAAACAACAACAACGACUUAAAUAGUUAUCCAGAGCCUAGGCGGCGCCGGAAGGUCGUACAUUAUCCGUAUCUCAAAUGAUCGUCCACGAGUAAAGUUAACGACUUAACAACUAACAAGAAAACCUAACAUGCCCCCCUGCUUAGCUCAAGCAUCGGCCUCGAUGCGACCAAAGUACAAACUAUGCUAAGUCGUGCGCCGCUCCGAUUCCCUGAACGAAAUCGGUACCAGGCUAACGAGGGGAAGGCAAAAGGGAACCGGAGUCAAGGCAAAACCUUCCCCGCACUGGAUACCGGCCUAAAUAAGGCGCACGACACCUAUACUUGCCGGUCUGAGGAACCGGUAUAUAUCCCAACGAACGUGUCCAAAACAUCCACAAAGAGUACGCAAACCAAAAGCCUAAGGCACGGAAAGCAAACUCGGUGGAUGACAAAAGAACGCAAGAGAACGCGAAAAUACACAACAUGCAACACGCAAUACCCCGAAAAAAACAGAAGUCAAGACACGACACGCGCAAAACUGAGGCGAAAUAACCCAAACUGAAACACACAGGACACGAGUCACACACAACACACAUCCUAUAGUGUCGGCGUGGUCGUACGGUGACUCCAGUGUGAUGGGCACGGCGGGUGGAGCUGGAGGACGACGGUGAGAAGGCUGGUGAUAAGAUUAGCAACAGUAGGUUGAGGUGAAGGGCAGGCCGAUGGUUGGGGCAAAGGUGCUGGAUGGGGACUGGAGAAAUGAACGAUGAGAGUUCUGACAGACUUGAAGGCGAUGACGGAUGGUUGGCAGAAGAUGGUGAAGGAUGGGACGAGGUGGAAACGGGGUGAAGGGUGGUAUCAGGGAACAGGGUGGGGGAUGAAGACGUGAGAGUAAAAGGGUGUAAUCGCUGUUCGCCUGGAAUGCUCCCGUCGUUGUCGAGGUUGCAGCUGCACGAGCACACUUGCAGCCGGCAAGACGGGCAGGCUUACGGACGAUUUUCGCGAGACGAAGAACGUUGGUGAUGACGACGAAGUAGGUGACGACGGAGACGACGAGAUAAGAGGAGACGAAGACGACGAAGUAGGUGACGAU